CCUUCUCCUCCUUCUCUCCCCUGUACCAACAAUAAAGCGCUUUUCUACACGGACUUGAGCACUUGAGCGCAUUCCUCGAGGUGGAAGUUGAUGUGUCGACCAGGGGAGAAGCCAUCGCCCUUCAUUUACGACGACUUUUCAUUCGAUAAGCGCGCAUUCAGAAACCCGCCACCGCCUGGACUUAAAUCUGCUUACACUGGAUACAGACGAAACUUGUCUCGCAACUUUACCACUUGGGAGUUUUGGGGAAAAAAAGAAAAAGGACAACCCGCAAAGUGGAGAAAGUAUAAAGAAGAAAAGUGUCCUCAGUGGGUGUGUGCAGAGUAAGAGUCUUCACCAUGAGGGUCCUCCUCAGUCAGGUGAUGCUCCUGCUCUUUGUCGCCAUACUCCCGGAUCAAGCUUUCUGCAGCAAAUGCCCUGCUGACUGCACAUGCCCGCAACCAGAAAUGAUCCUGUGUUACCAGAGACAGUCUUCGUCCAUUCCCCAGGAAGUGCCCCCAAGCACGAAAAGCAUUUACUUAUUCAAAAAUGGCAUUGAGGGAUUGUCUGCCGAGGAUUUUGACGGUUUGGAGAACUUGGAAAUGUUGGAUCUCAGUCAAAACAAACUAAGCGAACUUCCUGACAGAGUGUUUGAACCUCUGACGUCGCUGAGAAACUUGGACUUGUCCUCCAAUCAAAUCAGCCGUAUUACUGAGCAAAGCUUUCGAGGCAUGGUGUUACUAGAACGACUUUAUUUGUCGAGUAACAACAUCAAGACAAUCCACAAAGCAGCAUUUAAUGAUCUGGCGCAUCUACUGGAGCUCAAGUUGCAAGACAACCAGUUGACCUCUGUUCCUGCUCUAUCGAUGCCACAAUUGCUGUUGCUUGACCUCAGCUCAAAUGACUUGCCCUACCUAGGACCUGAAGACCUGAAGACCCCUAAUCUGGAGUCACUGAAGUUGGGUGGACUGGGGUUGACGAGUCUGAACGAGGAGCUCUUUGGUAAUCUAAAGAACCUACAUGAACUAGACAUCUCAGGAAACCAUUUGAACUCCUUCCCCCAAGUGUUGAAAGAGACUCACGGCCUCAGUCAUCUCAGCUUGGCUGGGAACCCAAUGGGUCCGAUUACAAGUCAGGAUCUACAAAGCCUGGGAGAGCUCCAGGAGUUAGACAUAAGCAGUCUUAGUCUGCAGGGACUUCCGGAGGAGUUUUCUCAGCUUUUCCCUCACCUUAGGAAACUCACUGUGGCACAAAACCCCUUCAACUGCCUCUGCACCCUAGCUUGGUUCCCUCGCUGGCUGAAAGCUAAAGGCAUCAUCCUGCAGAAAACGGAGGAGACCCGUUGCCAUUUCCCUUUGACUGUUGCUGGAAAGGUACUGGAGCGAUUGGAAAAUAGGGAUUUUGGCUGCCCUGUCACUACGACAGUUAAACCGAAGCGGGUAAAGCCUACCACAGCUCUUCCCGUGCCUGUUACCACCCAAACUACCACCAAAAUCAUUCCGGUUGUCAAGGUAAAUGACAAACCCCUAAUUAACGACGACCACUUGCCCAUAAUCCCCCCAACCCCAAGCAGCAGCAGCAGAGACGAGACUGUUAAGGACAACAUUGCAGAGCAUUUUUGCCCUCCUCACACUUGUCUGAACGGUGGCACCUGUCAUUUGGACGAGCGUGGUCAGGUAGUGUGCGUCUGUCCACAUGGCACAACUGGCAUGUACUGUGAACAGAGUCACCCCCCACCUCCACGACCUGAAAUCGAAACAGUUGUCAUGAACACACCUGACAUAAGCUCCAGUCAGGUCACUUCCACCUCCAUUCUUUUGGAUCUCCACCGUUACGUUGAAAUGAGGCCUUACAUUCGAGGAAUUCGGCUAACCUACCGAAAUCUCUCUGGUCCAGACCGCAGGCCGAUACAGUUAAGCCUCCCGGCAUCUUACCCCGAGUAUCGACUGCGAGGACUGAAUCCUAAUUCCACUUACACAAUAUGUGCCAGUCCUCUUGGUGCACCCGCCGGUUCAGACAGUGUGUGCACUGAGGCUCGAACCACCGACGAAAAGAACGUAAGCAUUACAGGGACUCAAAUUGACGACAAGAAGUUGACCACCACUCUGAUUCCUGCAAUCGCCAUCUUACUGCUACUGGCGCUGAUAGCAGCAGCAGUGGGUUUGAUCUGUUAUCUGAGACGGCAGAAGGCCAAAGGCCACCUGGACCUGGACUGCGAGCCAUCUCAGCUCGAGUUGGACGGGGUAAAAGCGGGUUUUGAAAAUGGAGCGCUACCUCAAAAGCACAACCAACACAUGACCCCUGAACCAGCAGUGCAAAAUGUCAAUUUGGAAUACGAGGUGCUCCUGCUUCAAGAUCACUGUAUACCAAAUAAGACCAUCUCUUCACACAAGCCUUCCUAUUUUUGACACCAUUCAAAGGAGGACUUAAUCCACUUCUGCUCCAUCUACUGAUGGAAUAAACCAGGAGAAGACCAGCAGAUGUACCUGCCAACCAGUGCAGGUGGCGGGUCAGAAAUGUUUUGGUCAUGUGAUCUGAUCUGGCCCUUGUUUUGGCCAUGCUGUAAAGAGCAGACAAGCAACCGGACUACAGAUCUUACCAGCUGAAGAACUGGUGUCAAAGGGAACCAAAUUGUCCCCUCAGUUUUAUAGAAGACAGUGUGAACUGAAUGAUAAAACACUGCAUGAUCCCAAAGGGAUAAAUGCUUACUGUCACAGACUUUUCAGACAUUAAAUGAAGUUUGUAUAUACAACUGCUGAUGUUUAUAUUGAUUUUGAAACUUUUGUACAUUUUAUAUGCAUUUACUUUACAUGCCUUUCUAUAUAUUUUUAUUCCUUUUUACAUCGUGAGUUGAUAUUGACCAAACCUCUUGUGACUAACAGACAAUAGGAUGGAUUAAAAUCUUUGAAGAUUAAAACUCGUUUGGUACCAGCAACAUCAAUCAAAGGGCUUUUCCCCCCCGAAUGUCAGACUAAGUAGAUCCCAGUCUGGACAAACCAAAACUAAAUCCCUCUGCUAGAGCUUUAUCACAAAAAAAAGCAAGAGGAAAGGGUGAAGCAUAAUUUAAAUCAAGCAAAAGAAAGCCGUGACUGAACUUUAUUUUGGUUGGGACUAGUUUAGAACAUGCCUCAGAAUAAACAUGACUACACAGAAAAAUAUAACUUCAGACACAUUAUUUAUUUUUACUGUAAAGGAGAAACUCAAUUUCACCACAGCCUAGCCCACAAGACAGAAAACGGUGGUUGUGGGUUUUUUGAGUAUAAAUGGAAAUCAGAUCAAAAUGUUGUACAGAGUGUUAUGUAUCAGGCAUCUACGUCAUUUUAACAACACAAACAAAUUCUAAAAGAUUCCUGAAGUGGAGCAACGAUGAUUUUAAGGCGCUUUUCGAAAAACAGAACUGUGUAGUCUGAGUGUUGUCUCAUGUAAACACUCAAUUCACUCCAAAAAGCCUGUGAGCCGUGGGUUGCAAUGAGCCAAAAAAUAAACCUGGAUCAUAGGAAGGAAACAAACCAAAGACAUCUGUGAAGUUACCAACAGUAUUUCCAAUGCAUCACAUACUGUUUCACGCCAGCGAUAUGUACCAUGUGCCCACGUAAAAACGUAACUGGAUUACUUGUGUGUAAAGAUACAUUGAGAGACGUUUCAAUGUGGUUGUUAUUUUCCCUGUUUAUUUUGGGAAGUGCCUUGUUUUUUGUUACUUACAGCUGUCCUUUCGCUCUGUGAAGAUGUUUGUACAACUGAAAAAGUGAUAUGAUCAUUAAAUGAAUAUCCAAACUCA